ACUGCCUUACAAAACAUGUCGUCCUCUUCCGAAUCUCUGCCCGCAACGCAAGAGCAAUGCAAGGUAUCCUUUUCUCCGCCGUCUUGUUCAAUUAUCCAGCAGCAAUCAGCCUGUGUCUCUAAGCCGCAGAAGAAGUCCAAGGGCAAAUUCAAACGCUCAAGAAAGUCCUCUCUUGAGGCGAAACUUGGUGCAUCGACCUACCUUGCUGGAAUUUUAAACGAGAAUAUUGAGCGGGACCGCGAGCGGAGGAGAAAGGCAGACUUGGAGCCCCUUGUAGAGCUCCAAAUUCCUGACGACUUUGUAUACACCCUGCGCACGUAUGCAUUCGAGCUCGACAGCAAGGUUGAAGAGGUGCUUAAGCAGUGGAUGCGCAAAGUUUGCCACAUUCCCGAUGAAGAUGACCUGCACUACUUGACUAUCUUAGUAUGCGCCCUCGUGGUGUUAUGGAGUGUGACGGGCAUCUGA